CAGGUGAAGUAUAUUUAAGGUAGGUUCUUUCCCCGUUAACUUCAGGAGUUUUUUAAAUCUACACGCGCAGUCUUUCAAACCAUGGGUAUCGAAGAAGCACUUUCAUCUGACCUUCGAGAGAAGCUCAGAGACAAUUUGUUGGCUGCCAACGACAAAUAUGUCCUCGAAAUUCCCAAGGUGGAGCUUCACGUCCAUCUCGAAGGGAUUCUAACUGCGAAACUGAGAUGGAAAUUGACUCAGAGAAAUGGAACCAAGCUGAGGAUAGCCAAAAAUGGGCGAGAGCUCAAAAGUCUGGAGGAACUUGAGGCCGCCAUGGACUUACUUCGGCCAGAUUCCAGUCGCGUCAACAAUGACGAAGAAAGAUUUCAAUUUUUUGAGGCAUAUUAUGAAGGAUUCGAGUGUCUUAAGACGAAAGAAGACUUCUUUGAUCUGGCCAUGUAUUACCUUGAGCGCGCCGCUAAGAUGAAUGUUCGCUACUGCGAGCUUUUCUUUGAUCCUCAAGGCCACACAAACUGUGGAACACCCUGGACUGUCAUGAUGGAUGGGUUCAGAGAAGCCCAGCAAAAGGCGGAAAAGGAACUAAAUGUGAAAUCCGCAUGGAUCAUGUGCUUUCUCCGUGAUCUCUCUCCAGAGUCGGCUAUGGAACAUUACAAGGCUGCACUACCUUAUCGCGAUAUGAUUGUAGGAAUUGGGCUUGACUCAAACGAGGAGGAUCGACCACCGGCACUUUUCGACGAGGUCUUUUCCCUUGCACGACGUGAUGGCUUUAAGCUCACGAUGCAUUGCGAUGCUGACUCAAAGAAUACACACGAACAUAUAAGACAGGCUGCAUCUGUCGUUGCUGGCCAUGGGCUUGACCGUAUUGACCAUGGAAUCAACGCUGCAGAAAAUCGGGACUUGAUCAACUUGAUUUUAAAGCGUGAUUUGGGUAUGACGAUCUGCCCUUGGUCGUACUUACGGCAUACAACGUAUUCGGAGCUUGGGCCAAAGAUCCGUGCUCUAUACGAUGCAGGUAUCAAAAUCAGCAUUAAUAGUGACGACCCUGCAUACAUGGAGGAUUGCUGGAUCUUAGAAAACUUAUUACUGUCAAAACACUUGUGCGGCUUCGACAACAAAGACAUUGCUGUUCUGGCAAGGAACGCUGCCAACAUCUGUUGGGCAGAUCCAGCAGUUAAGGAGAAUAUCCUACAGGAGAUUGACUUAGUUUAUGCCAAAUUUCACCCAGCUUCAUAGGCAUCAAAUAAAGUUUCGGUCAUAUCUUUCUUCUAGUAGUUUAAAU